ACAAAACUGAAAACGUUCACAUGAAUCAGAGUAUAUAGUUCUAAAAAACAACCAUCAGGCGACAGAUGUGGAGGGAUGGCCGUGAACUACACAGCAAGACAGACAAGAGGUAAAGUUAAAGUAACAAUGGCACUGAUCUUCAUCAUGGUGCUGGUCUGUGUGGCUGAUUACACACUAGGCGCGGACUGUACGGAGGGUCAGCAUUGUUCCCAGUGCGACAUGGAGGGCAAUUGCUUACAUGGUUGUGACAAGGGUUAUUUUGGAAUGAAAUGCAAGUCGCAAUGCAACAGCAAAUGCAGAUACAAUACGUGUAAACUAGAUCCGGGAACAGGUGCAGGCAAGUGUACUGAUGGAUGUGAGCCAGGAUACCAAGGGAAAAGUUGUGACAGACCAUAUGACAGUCACGUGGUCAACUGUACACUGUGUCCAGGUGGGUGUGACGGGGAGUACUGUCAGCUAGGUGAUGCUUGUUUUGCCGGAUGUCGAGAUUCCAGGUACGGAUCAGGAUGCAAGACGUGUCCCAGUAGCUGCAGAACCUGCAACAGGAUGACAGGAGUAUGUGACGAGUGUGACCCGACACAUCAUGGAGUCAACUGUGAGAUGACGUGUGAGAACUGUGCAGGAUCCUGUGAGGCUGGCUGUGAAUGUGUUCCUGGCUUCUACGGUGACUUCUGUGCCGAGACUUGCAGUAAAACAUGCCGCCCCAGGUCUCCCCACACGUGUCUUCCUGCUGUGACGUCAGACAGCUGUACAGGUGAAUGUCACAAACACAGCGCCUCCAUGGCUGUGUGGAUGGCUGGUUCGGCCCGAGGUGUUCCUUUCCGUGUAAUCCUGGAUGUCGUCAUCAAAGAUGUAAUGCAGCAGGUUGUUGUGCUGAAGGCUGUGAACUUCAUCAUUUCGGAUCAGCCUGUGAACCUUGUCCUGAGAACUGUGCCAACCGAACAUAGAUGGGUUCUACGGUGA